AUGCUGCGGCCCCCGCGCGCUCCCCUGGCUGUCCCGCGCUGUCCGCAUCGCCCCCACGGGGGGCGGCUAUCCCAGCCGGAGGCUCUGCAGCAGGGCUCUAACGGGGCGGAGGAGAGAAGGAGAGGCAGGGUCAGCCCACCAGCGAGGGGAGGGAGGGUUGAGGGCGCCGGCUGCUGGGAGUUGUGCGACCGGGAGCUGCUGAGCGAGGGGGGGCGAGUGUGUGUGUGUGUGUGUGUGUGUGUGAGUGUGGGAGCGCGCGCGCGUGUGGCCGGGGAUCCCCGCGGUCCCCGGCCGAGAGAGGCGCGGGUGGGGAAAGGCAGCUCCCUCUGGGCCCUUCGCUGCUGGGCCAGCUCCGCGCUGGGCGUUCGGCUCCCCACUUCCCAGCGGGAGUCCGGAGAGCGCCUGGACACCCUGGUUCACAGCACUGGCAAAGCCGGGUUCCCGGGGCGUGUUUCUGCUGCGGUGGCCUCCGAGGAAGAGGAGAAGGAAGGUGGGUCGAGACAGACCCCGCAGUUCCUCGGCGGCGACGCGGAGCGCGGCCACCCGUUCCGAGAGCGCACGGCGGCAAAUAAGGCCAGGAUAGGUGGCUGGCUGGCGACGGGGGCGCCUGCGGCGGCGCGCGCUGCUGUCCGUGGUGUUGGAACCACGCUCUCCGCCCGCUCCCGGGCGUCUGGUGCGGCUGAAGAAUCAAUUAUUCAGAUCUCUGCUACCGCUUCCUCCUCCCCCAGUGCCUCGCGCUGGGUACAGCUAUCCCCCUCCACGCACAGGCGCGCCGACACACACACACACACACACACACACACACACACACGCACAGAGUCUGCUCCAAUGCUUCUCCCUGUGCUUCGCCACCCCCGUACGGGAACCCACUCCUCUGAUCUCAGGGAGCCAGAAUCCUAAAAGCAAAGACAUCUGCAUUUCCCACUUGCUUCCUUCUAAGUUGUACCAAACAGAAGUCUCCCUGAGGCUGCCACUUCUAAGCUACCAGAAGAGGCGAGCCAGAGAACAUGGGACGGCCUGGGUGUGUGAGGGCUUGGUUGACUUGAAUUCUAGCGACUGGGCAUGUAAUGCAUGCUCAAAGGAGGAGCUCUGCCCCUUUUAUAUUCCCCUGUAUCUCCAACGCCUGUCUGCCUUUCAGGCCUUGGAAGGAAAGGGGUCUUAAAUUCUAAGAGGUUUUGCAAUCACUGUUCUAACCCUGCCUCC